ACAAUAAUUUUUUAAAGAAGCCAAUGAAGACUUGGAGCAACAGAAUUGUAGCCAUAAUUGUCCUGAUCGGGCUAGCUUUGGUCCCAGCAGAAGCCCUGAAGGCAUCUAAACUGUUUAAGUAUACAAGCGACCAGGAUUAUGUGUUCUUGACCAAAUUCUCAGUGGGAGAAGGUCAUAAAGCUCAGUUCCACUUUAAAGCAGGGUUUAGCAAGGAGUUAGCAGGAGAUGAGGUUAAUAAAGAUUAUACAUUACAUUAUGUUAUUGUCACUGAUGAUAAUUGGGACGAGUUCCUCAAAGAAGAAACAUCGUGUAGAGAGAGACUUUCCCUAGCAAAGAAUGCUAAAUAUGUGAUGUUUAAAGGAGAUGGAUACUGGUCUGCACCUGAAAUCAUGACCUUCAUGAAUAAUGCAAGGACUACAGUGUAUUUUGUAGCAGCAAUCAAUUGAAACAAAGUAUAUCAUGUUACCAAGCCAUGGCUGCCAAAAAUAUGGAUGGAGUUUAAAGGAUUCAAUGGAGGAGAGCAUUUCUCUCAAGAAGACUGGGGACUUCUCUCUAUGAACUACUUUAUGCUUCUAAUCUUCAUAAUCUUCCUGGGAUAUAGCGUAUAUGGAUACUUCAAGGAGAUUAAGAAAGAAGAGAGUUGGGAAUCCCCUCUAGGAGUCUUGAUCAUAGCUCUGAUAUUAGAAUUUGGACAUAUCUUGUUCAAUGUUUUGCAUUUUUCUGUGUAUGAAUUUGAUGGUGAGGGAGUGCCAACUUUUGAGGUACUUAGCACGAUAUGACAAACUGGUAGCCAGACAAUAAUAGUUACCCUCCUGCUUCUGAUGGCUUUUGGAUGGACUAUAAAUUAUUACACUCUUCCAGAUAAGGAUACUAUUAUUGUGAUUUCAAUAAUGACACUCGUGAUGCAUAUCCUCAUAGCAGGCCUGACCUCCUUAGACAGAGAUGAGCAUCACAAAUAUCACGAUUACAGUGGUAUCCAAGGCUUUAUUUUAGUUGCACUAAGACUUAUUCUUUUCGCAAUCUUUAUUUUUGCCUUAAAUAUCAGUAGAAAAGAGGUAAAGCGGAGUAGAAAGAAAUUCUUCAAUCUCUUCACUUUCGCUGGCUCUUUCUACGUACUCGGCUUCCCCAUUGUAUACUUCAUCAGUUUCUUGUGCGCAGCGUAUGUAAGAAACAGGGUGAUUAUCUUCACUCACUUCAUGUUCCAGACAUUCAGCUGAGUCUUAUUGCUAUAUCUGAACUCGAACAAAAUUAAAACGAUUAUUGGUAAAUAAAUUAGCAGAUUCA